GUUCCGGAGAGGGAGGCACUCACAGACAGAGAGGGUGUGUGUGUGUGUGACAUAGAGAUAGUGCGAAGGAAGGAGGAUAUUGUGCCUGUGAAUUAAAGUGACAGGCAGGGAGUGUGUGUGUGUGUGUGUCUGUCUGUGUAUUGUAACCGUUAGAGAAAGAGAAAGAGAAAGAGAAGAGGGAGUGAAGGAAUAUAGCCGCUGGGAGAACCAGGCGAGAAACCAACACCAGAACAAAGGAGGAAAAGUAUUUUAAUACAAUGGGCAAGUCAGCCUCCAAGCAGUUUUCAGAAGAGGUUCUGAGAAGCCACAAUGAGUACAGGAGACAGCACCAGGCCCCAGCCCUCAAACUGAGCAGCAAGCUGAGCCGGGAUGCUACACGGUAUGCAGAGAGUUUGGCCAGCACCAGAAUCCUGAAGCACAGCACUGAGUCCAGCAGGGGGAGCUGUGGGGAAAAUCUGGCAUGGGCAUCUUACGACCAGCCAGGCAAAGAUGUUGCUGACCGGUGGUACAGCGAGGCGAAGAACUACAAUUUUAACCGCCCUGGUUUUUCCACUGGCACAGGGCACUUCACAGCCAUGGUGUGGAAAAACACGAAGAAGCUGGGAGUGGGGAAGGCCACCGCCACUGACGGCUCCACAUUCGUGGUGGCGCGCUACUUUCCUGCAGGCAACAUUACCAACCAAGGCCACUUCGAGGCCAACGUGCUCCCGCCUCGGAAGUGAUUUAGGAGCAAGGGCAGGGCUUUGGUUGGACCAGAACAAAUGUCACUCACUUUAAUCAAUCACUUCAGUGUGAUGUCAGCAGGCUUUCCUUCCACAGCCUAAACUUUUUGAAUACUAACUGAUCUUGAAUAAAACUGUAGGCUAUUUCCAUCAUUGUUCCUCAUUGAUGUUUUGUUUAAUGUAAAAUAAUGCACACCAAAUGUGUAUCUUUUGCCAUUAGAAUUAAUUUUAAUUAUUAAUUUAAUGGAAAACCUGCACUACCAAUGGGCAAAACAGUCCUUAUUACAAGUUUUAGUUAAUUGGUCACCAGUGCAAAGACUGUGAGGAUCCUUUAAUAAUUGUAAGGUGUCAAGUGGUUGAGAAAUGAUGGCUGACUAUGCAGAGCUAAUUACCUGGGAGCAUCCACUAUAAUAGGGGGCCAAGACAUUAAGCAAGUCUUUGCCGUUGUCAUUCUCUGGCUAGCCAUCCUUUUGCCAUUGGCUAAAUGAGACUGCAGUUGGAAGAGUAAAGUUUAGAUAUCUGCCAGGGACAGAGCAUCUAAUUGGCCAGACAUGUUUCUUGAACUUAGCCUAUUAUGACCUAAAUGAAAAAUGAAUUCAGUGGUUGAUGGGAAUAAGUCAUUUUACUUGAACUUAAUGAGGUGAAAUAAAAUCACCUAUAUACAUAAAUCGUGCUGUUGAGCCACGUUGCCUGAAUUACCAACUGAGUGGUAUUGAUAGGAGCAGUAUUAUUCAUAUUCUUUAACUAGUUGUUAGUAAGGUUAAUGCUCGGUUUACAGUGUGAUGUAAGGGAUUUUCUUACAAGCCCUCAUUUGUGUAGUUUACAGUUCUCCGGUCAUUGUCAAAGGAUAAUUUUAAUCACUGAAGAAUAAAAAGUGUAAUACUAACCCUGUUUUGAUGGUACCCUAAACUGUUGAAUAAAAGGUUGUCACAUAUUCCAGUAAAUGUACUUCCAUAAAUUUACACACUGUGUCCCAGAUGACAAAUUGACUAGGCUCUGGAACAAUUAGCAGACACCGUCUUUUUCAUGAUGUACACAAGAUAAAGAAUUCAGCAAUGGAUGUCUAAAUACUGAAAAGGCAUCAAUGACUAUCACAUUACUCAAAUUGAUUAAUUUGUGACAGCAGAAAACCAUGAUUUUAUUUUUUAACCAUUUAGUCACUUAUGAACUAGUUCUCUGUGUAUGCCAUGUAAUCAAGUAUUAAUGUAACUACUAUAAUUCCACUUUUGUGAUGAUCAUUGGCAUGUACUUGUACUAAGUUUAAAUGAACCACUUUAUAGAUUUUGUAUGAGGAGGUUUUGUAUUUCAACAGUGGUCCCUGUGUUUUAUUUUUAAUUUUUUUUUUUACAUUUUUUAAAUCAUAAAAUGAUUUGUAUAAUAAAACAGACAAUUGUUUAUAA